UACAAUUUUCCCCACUUUAUCAAAUAUAUCCUUUUAUUUUUGUAUUUGGUCUGUACGAAAAUGUUCUUCGCAGACAACAUUAUUAUUAUACAAAUGUGGAACAUCGAGGGAUUUUAACCAUUCGUUUUUUAAAAGUUCGUCUUUUGGAAUGGAAAACACGGAUAAUUUUUUGUUGGUAUUACAACCAAAUAAACAAAUAUUGUUGGGCAUAAUUUAUUUUUUAGCGACAAAAAACUGAUUGUAAUAAAACUAAAAACAGCGUAUACAAUUGUGAAUUACUCAGUGAAUAAAAAUAAAUAUUUUAAUUAUUUUCUAUGGAGUUCAACAGCUGAUUUUAGAUUUUUGGCGGAAUUUUGAACCUUACCAAAAUAUUAAAUAAGAAUAAAUUAUUAAGUUCAUAACCUCAAUAAGUAUAACCUGCAGCGCUCGUGAGUAACAAUUGAACUAAAUUUGCUACAACAAGCGGACGUCUGAUAAAUACUAGUCGUCGGACCUUAUCUUCUAAGACCGUGGAUGGGAUUAUCCAUACAAUGGUAAACGAGUGAUAGUAAACUUCGAUAGUGAAAUAAUUAAUAAAUAAUAUUAUAAAUAUUAAAUGUUAUAGAAAUGUUAUAGAAAAACUUAUAAAACGUAUUAUGUCUUAAAUUUUAAUAUUAAAAACCUAUUCUUGAUUAUAGUAAUUGUAUUUCUUUUGUUGAAAAUGUCCUCGAAUGAAACUAUUUGUGCUGUAUUACGUGUAGUUGAGGAGAUAAUAAAAUUAAAAAGGCAUAAAAAAUCUAAAAAAAAAAAAAUAUGGGUUAAAAAUUGGAUAAAACGAAGAAAUAAUCUAGGAGCAUCGAAUACAUUGUUAAAAGAGUUAGCUGUUGAAGACCCGAGAAAUUAUUUCAAUUUUCUUAGAAUAAAUGAAUCAAUGUUCAAUAUUUUACUAGGAAAGGUUAAAGACCAAAUUUCAAAACAAGAUACAGCUAUGAGAGAGGCAUUAACACCGAGAAUUAAAUUAGAAAUAGCAUUAAGAUUUCUAGCAACCGGAGACUCAUAUACAUCUCUACAAUAUUUAUACAGGGUUUCAAAAUCUGCUAUUAGUGAAUUUAUGCCUGAUGUUUUCGAUGCAAUAUUUGCAGGAUUAAAAGAAUUUAUCCAGGUUCCAAAAACAACAAAUGAUUGGGACAGUAUUGUUCAUGGUUUCAAUUUAUCAUGGAAUUUUCCGAAUUGUUUUGGAGCGAUUGACGGAAAACACAUUAUAAUUGAAUGUCCAGCGAAUUCGGGAUCUAAUUUUUAUAACUACAAAGGCAGUUUUAGUAUUGUGCUUUUGGCACUGGUAGAUCACAGCUAUAAUUUUACCUGCAUCGAUGUUGGUGCUUAUGGAAGUGCAUCAGAUGGUGGUAUUUUUAGUAAAUGUACACUAAAAAAGGCUAUUGAAGAAAAUCAAUUAAAUUUGCCAGAUGAAGCUGUGAUGUUGGGUGAUGAAGCAUUUCCAUUAACAAAAUAUCUGAUGAAGCCAUAUCCAAGGCGUAACAUUUUAACAAAGAAACAAAAAAUAUACAAUUACAGACAUUGUCGGGCUAGGCGGAUUGUGGAAAAUAGUUUUGGUAUUUUGUCAAGCAGAUUCAGAGUAUUUAGACGACCUCUACGUCUUUUACCAAGUACUGUAGUCAAACUUGUUAAGGCUGCAUGUUCUCUCCACAAUUGGAUCAGAAAAAGUGGUUUAAAUCAAACAAUAGAAAUCAUUCAAGAUAUUGAAGAUCUAGAAAAUGGUAUACUCAUCCCUGGACAAUGGAGAAAAGAACCACAAUCCACUGGAGUCAUAAACAUAGCAGCAACAAGUCAACGUAAUUAUUUAAAUGAAGCAAAAGACAAAAGAGACAGUUUGGCUGAUUAUUUUAUGGGGGAAGGUGCAGUUACAUGGCAGGAUCGAAUGAUUGAAUAAGACAUUAUAAAUAUAUUGAAAAAUAUUUUGUUCUUAUGUAUAAAUUAAAAAUAAUAUAAUAAUAUAAUUUGCAGAUUUUUUUGUAAUUCAUAAUUUGUUAUUUAUUUUUAAGAUUUAUAAUUCACUUUGGAUUAGUCAAAUUUUUUUGAAAAAGGUUUUCAUGCAUCAUGCAUGUUGUAGAAUGUUUUUUAUAAUUUUUUUAGAUUUUCAAGUUAUUAAUAUUAUUAUAUUAUAAUACUUAUUGUUAAAUAAAUAUAUAUUAAUUAAAAAAACAAGCAAUAAUACAAAAUACUUGCC